UAUUUUUUCUCUCUUUGCACAGAAGCCAUCACGCAGAACAUUAUCAAAUCAAGAAAUUUAGCUUAUCUACUUCAAAAACCGUUGGCACUCUGUCGACCGCCUUAUGAUAAUGGUUGCUCAGCGUCUGAAGAGACAAUUUGUUGCACUUGUUGCAUGCAUUCUGAUUGGUAUACCGGAUGGCCUUGCAAAUACAACAAUGUCAUCUUCAUCUGCAAGUGACAUGACAUCAAUGGUGCAUAUGACGCCAUCCCCAUCUACAAGUAACAUGACAUCAAUGAUGAAUAUGACAUCAUCUGCAUCUGCAAGCAACAUGACAUCAAGGAUGAAUAUGACGUCAUCCGCAUCUUCAAGUGACAUGAAAUCAAUGGUGCAGAUGAUGUCAUCCCCAUCUACAAGUAACAUGUCACCAACGGAGCAUGCGACGUCAUCCCCAUCGGCAAGUGACACGACAUCAAUGACGAAUGUGGUGCCAUCCGCAUCUCCAAGUAACAUGACAUCAACAGUGCAUAUGACGCCAUCCCCAUCUGCAAGUGACAUGUCAUCAACGGAGCAUGCGAUGUCAUCCCCAUCUGCAAGCAACACGACAUCAAUGAUGAAUGUGAUGCUAUCCACAUCUGCAAGUAACAUGACAUCAGUAGUGCAUAUGACGCCAUCCCCAUCUGCAAGUGACAUGUCAUCAACGGUGCAGAUGAUGUCAUCCCCAUCUACAAGUAACAUGUCAUCAAUGGACACGACAUCAAUGACGAAUGUGGUGCCAUCCGCAUCUCCAAGUAACAUGACAUCAACAGUGUAUAUGACGCCAUCCCCAUCUGCAAGUGACAAGUCAUCAAUGAUGCAAAUGAUGUCAUCCCCGUCUGCUACUGAUACAACGACAAAGAUGGCUGUUAUGCCAUCACCAUCUGUUAGUGAAAUGGUUCUGACGGCAACGCCAAAGCCUACGUGUUCUCCAGGAUUUACUGGCGGGAAUUGCUCUUUAAAUAUUAAUGACUGUCUACACGAAAACUGUUCAGGAAAUGGUCGUUGUACUGACAAAGUAAAUGGCUUUGUAUGUGUUUGUGACGAUGGUUACUUUGGAGAAAACUGUGAGAAAAGUAAGUGUCGUUAG